AUGGCCAGCUGUUCUCUUUUUGUGCCAACCGUCCGUGGGAGCAAUGUGUGCUCGGUUUGUCGGCACGAGAUCAGCAAACAUGCUCCAUCAUCAGUCUUUUACGCUCCAUCGGAGAAGAUCUACGGAUCGUUGAAUUUGAGUAGAGGACGAAUCUACAGUGAAGCGAUGCAAUCUCUGCAAACCCAAUCACUCGCUCCAUCGCAAACGUCAGCUUUUUCAACGUAUCGUCGUGAGAAUUCUGCCGGGCAGAGCACAGCGAGCAGUGAGAGUCCCGGAGAUAGUCCAAAUGAUGCUUAUCGCAAUCCCCCAUCGCCGAUCGAUGGUUUACCCACCACCGCCUAUGUGCCAUUGUCACCUAUGGUAGUUCGACCGCGUGCUGUGCGUGGUCUUCCACCAAGACAGCUCUCCGCCGGGAUGUUGCCAUCACCGCCAUUGCUCACUUACGAGGAUCAUCAUCUUCCACAGUUCAAAUACUUGACAAAAGCUUAUCGAAAGUCGAAAAUGCCAAGUAAAAUGUUGAAAGUGAUUCACCGGGCGCUCUCGGCUCGAUCCGAGAACGAUCUUGGCUUCACCUACAAUGAUGCAUGGGAAGACCAAUCCGAUUCGGUGAUUUUCCGUAAAAUUCGCGGCAAGGAACGCUCUCGACUCGAUCGAAACAGUCUCAUCGAUUUUGAAGGUGUUCGCUCUCCAUCACUCAUCCCGCAGCCCCAGCAACUCCUCGGUCCACCACCCGAAUUACCCCAACAACGUGCCAACAACUUUAAGCAAUUGUUAACGAGAUUUCAGAGUGCCGACCGCGUCCCGCAGACUCGUUUGCCUCGGCGCUAUACUCUAGACGCUUCACAGUCACCGAUGCCAUUACAAAGAUACGAUUCCUCGCCUCAUCGAGAUCGAGAGAACAGCUCCGAGAGAUCGAAUGGGCAUCGCUCUCGUGAAAGCGCCUUUUCCCCGAUCCAUCGCCGUCCCACCGAUCCGAUUCAUCGACGCGCGCCAAAAGAUGGUGACGAGAGAGAAGCCGCGCUAAUCUAUACGCAAGAGACGAUUCUUAACGCGAUCCCGGCGCAAGCGUUUGGCCGAGAUCCGUCUCCACUUUCGCAUACAGGCUCAACACCGCCCCCCGAGGCACCAAAACCGCCGCCACUCACCGUGACAAUUCCCACUCCGAAAGCGAGACGAGCACCGCGGACAAGAUGGAUUAAAGAAACGGACAUUGAUGACCCGGCCUCGUUGCCCGUUUCACCCACUUGUGCUUUGACGCCGGAUCCAACGCCACCGAGUGAAACCCCGCCAACUCCGCCGCGAUCGGCGCCAAUCUACGGAGAUGAAGUCAAAUUCAGAAAUGGAUUGAUUAGCCGAAGACUUGGCUCCGAGCAAGAUUCACUCGAUUCGUCGAAAUCGAUCACUCCAAAUUACAUUCGACGAUCGAGGUCCAGAAACGAGCGUUCUCCCGCGCCCUCACCGAUGAGGAGCAGUCAGAAUGGUUCUCGAUCCUCAAUCUGCAUGAUUCAUCCAAUCCAAAUGGAACACUUACAUCAGAAUGGAAAUCAGCAAAAAGGUCGGGGCACACCCGAUGCAACAACGAGAAAUAAGGACACAGAAGCGGUGUAUCAUCAGAUGACGCUGAGCAAUGUGAACGCGUUGGCGUACAUCUCCGAUCAUUUGGCUGACAAUGUUCGCUUGAGAAAUGAAACGAUUCCAAAGGAGAAAUACGAUCAGCUAAACUUUAAGGAUUUCAUUCUCAGAUCCUCAUCCCCGCAACUCAUCAAAGGCUCCUGUCUCUUCUAUGACGCGAUUUUGCCAUUGGAUGGGAAACAGGAGGAUUUAGAUGUGACGUUGAUGAUCGCUCCCUCAUCCCAAUAUGGGCCUUUAUUGCGACGGGGUUCUGAUUGCGGAGUACCAUCGCUGAUGGAAAUGGAAGAUCACGAUGGAUCGAUCUCGAGAUUCUUGAAGGAAGGCGGGCGACAGGCUCAAUUGGGCAGAAAUCCACGUGUUGUCGUCAUGCCCAGACAGAGUCUUUUCAGCUUCCACCAAUUGACCGCUCACAAUUUGCAUACGACAUUAUCUAUUGAAAACCACGAGAGCCACGUCGCUUUCAUUCUCAUCCAAUUGUUGUCAGCCCUGAAAAACGUUCAGUCUGAUGACGUCGAACAUCUCAGCAACAAUUUCAAAGAGUUCUUGCUCGCUUACCGAAACACCUCUUUCCACGGCACCGUUCGCGAGAUCAACGAGCAUCCAAGACUCAUAUUUUUACCGGAAACACUCGGCAACGAUCUCGACGAAGGAGACAACGAGUACGUUGGACUGUGCAAAUACGCGUUGAGAUCCCUCUGCACUUUGCUGCACUAUAAAAUGGAUGGCCGAGCUCCGCAUAUCUUGAAUAGAUCAAGAUUCUCCAAAGCUCUCCUAGCUUGUGCUCGCGAGUUAGAAACUGAUCGAAGUAGCAGUUUGACGAGAGCGAAGAACAUCCUCGAAAUCGCCUUUUUUGCUUCACAGGAGCGCUUCGAAACCGAGUACACGGCAAAGUUGUGGCUCGAUGCGCAACGAGCUGAUUGUGUGGCGAAUAUGGUUCGUCGCCUCGUCGAUCACCCAGAUUCGUGGCCGUUGCGUGAUCGUUUUCAAGUCGAUUUUCUUCUCUCCAUCGCUCCCCGCGGGCUACAAUUGGCUUUCAUUUCUUUAAGUAAUACCCAUUUC